AUGUCGAAAGGGCGCUCUCCUUCUCCCGUGGACCCAUGGGACGACGACCCUUUUGGCCCGGCGGGCUCUGUCUCCAAGUUGAAGCCCAAGGCCAUGUUCGUCGGCCCGCCACCGCCCAUAGCCGCCUCGGUGGUUUUACAGCCUUCCACGACGCCGGGCAGGCGGGGAUCCCGGGGAAACAUGCAAAAGAGCGAGGCCAAGGGCAUGUCGUCCAGCCGAUUAGCGUUUGGAAGCAUCAUGUUCGACCACAGCUCGCGCGACUCAAGCAAGUCCCGCGUUGACUCUGUUUGGCGGAAUCUGCAACACCGCGAACGAGCUCUACACAGAGAGGUGCAGCGAUUACUCGACAUACAAGCCACAAGACUCGGAUCCGGCGCCGAAUCUCUUGAUGCUAGCACCGUAGGGGCCGAGACGUGGAGCGAUUCCGGGAGUAGCACGCCGACGGGAACAUUUUAUUCCACAGCGACGUCCAAGUCACGCAUGAUGGCGUCUUUAGACCCUCCCGUACGCGCGACUCCUCGCGGCGACAUAAUACCUGUCCGACAGCCCAAGGUCCAGGGGCAGCAGGGCCUUCGUUCGGCGCGGAGCGGGUUGCGACAGGCGUUGGCAGCACUUACCGGUCUCAAGACGGAAGAAAAUGCAUACAUCGAGUCGGCCCUCUCGCAGCGAAGGAAAGCUCUGUCCUAUCUAGACAACUUGGACAAGCGCAGGGUCAGCAUCUCUGCAGAAUUGCACAGCUUAGCUGAUGACGACGAGGAGCCUCUGGCAAAGGAGCUGCGAAGCUUAGGGGAGCAGCAUGAUACGUUAGCGCAGGAGAUCCGCGAGCUCGAGGAGAAGCUGGUUGGGAUGAGAAACCGGCACCGAUGGCUCGAGCGAAAGAUGGAAGACGUUCACAACCGCCGAGAGGCUGGCUUGAGUGGCUACAGGGGAGCUUUGAAGGAAGUCGAAGGAGAGGCCACAGCCCUGCUACGCCGGCCCCCCAUUGAACCUCUGGAUCUUGACGUUGUCGAAGCUGUAUCGCGGAACGACUCUGGAACCGGAAACGACAUCCAAGAGUUGCCUGGCGGCGCUGAGUUCUUCCGCAUGAUACCCGCGCGACGCACACUGAGCAUGGCCAAGGACUGGUGGGAAAGUGAAAUGGACUUUCUCCAGAAGCGAAAGGCGCAGGUAGAUAAGGAUCGCGAUGCGCUAGACCAAGGCACAGAGUUGUGGCAGGAAACGGUCAAACUCGUCACGACUUUCGAGGCAGACCUGCGCCAGUCUCUCAGUGGCGGUGCUUCUUCGGCCAAGGGCAAACAAACCCCGCGAGCACAACAAGAAGGCGUCGAGGCUCUCUUGCCACGGAUGGCCAAAGUCAUCUUGGAGCUUGAAGCAAACAUGAGGACGGCCGAACAAAACACUUGGAAUCUCCUCAUCUGCGCCGUUGGCGCUGAACUUGAAGCAUUUAGAGAUGCCGAGACUCUCCUUCGUGGAAGUCUACCAAAGCCCCAGGCAGCGGUGGCAAAGGUUGACGAUAUCGAAGAACCCUGGCACAACGGCGAUGGCCACGAGGAGCAGCAAGUCAGUGCGGCCACAGCUACAGCAGAAGUUCAUCAUGGAGAGAGUGACAAUGAGGUUCCGCCCGACUUGCUGGUGUCACAUCUUGAAGAGCAUGACGACGACCAUUCCCAUGUCGGGUCCAUACGAACUUGGUCUUCGAGGCGUGACAGCGAUAAUGAGGUUCCUCCGGAGUUCCUUGCCGAGCACAGUAAUGAUGAGGGCAUCGACUAA